CAACAUGUUGGAGACCGUAGCCGAGCCGUUCAGCUCAGAGUUAACUUUCUAAUCCCGGUUUUGUCGCGUUAUCGCACACAAGAGGAGGAGGCGGAGGAGGUCGCCGAGAGAAAGGGGGAUAAAAAGCCAGUCAUGCUAUGAGGUUAGGGUGAAAGCCGGAGCGUCUUCUUGUAAAAGAAGCCCGUUGAUAUUUAAUUGUGCACAGGAGAAGAAGAAGAGGAGAAGAAGAAGAAGAAGAGGAGGAGGAGGGAAGAAGGGGAAGGGAAGCCCAGAGAAGCGAGAGAAAAGCGGGGUACACGAUGCAGCUGGCCGCGGUGCUGUGGGGCGCCCUCCUAACUUUGCUUCUCAGCCGGAGUCCAGGAGUUCAGGGCAGCACUGAGUGCUCAUGUGGGAGGAACCACUUUACGUGUGCAGUCAGUGCAUUCGGGGAGUGUACCUGCAUCCCGGCCCAGUGGCAGUGUGACGGAGACAACGAUUGCGGGGAUCACAGUGACGAGGACGGAUGCAUGCUCCCCACCUGCUCACCGCUGGACUUCCACUGUGACAACGGCAAAUGUAUCCGUCGCUCCUGGGUGUGUGAUGGAGACAACGACUGCGAGGAUGACUCCGACGAACAAGACUGCCCUCCCAGGGAGUGUGAGGAGGACGAGUUUCACUGCCAAAACGGCUAUUGUAUUCGUAGCCUCUGGCACUGUGAUGGCGACAACGACUGUGGGGACAACAGUGAUGAACAGUGUGACAUGCGUAAAUGCUCAGACAAGGAGUUCCGCUGCACGGACGGGAGUUGCAUUGCUGAGCACUGGUACUGUGAUGGAGACACGGACUGUAAAGAUGGAUCAGAUGAGGAAAAUUGCCCUUCAGAUGUGAUGACAGCCACCUGCAGCGUGGAGGAGUUCCAGUGCGCAUAUGGCCGCUGUAUCCUGGACAUCUACCACUGCGACGGAGACGAUGACUGCGGAGACUGGUCGGAUGAAUCGGACUGCUCUUCCCAUCAGCCAUGCAGAUCAGUGGAAUUCAUGUGCAGCAGCGGGAUGUGCAUCAAUGCUGCAUGGAGGUGCGAUGGCGAGCACGACUGUGAUGACCGUUCAGAUGAGAAGAACUGCACCACGUCCAUGUGCACGGCCGACCAGUUCCGCUGCGGAACUGGACGCUGUGUCCGGUUGUCAUGGAGAUGCGAUGGCGAGGACGACUGCUCGGAUCGCAGCGAUGAAGAGGGCUGUGAGAAAACUGACAGUCCUCCAUGUGCUCCUGAUCAGUUCCAGUGUGGGAAUGGGCGUUGUAUAGGCCUGAGGAAGGUUUGCAAUGAGGUCAACGAUUGCGGUGAUGGGACUGAUGAACACCCACACCAUGACUGCCGGCCACGCUCCAACGAGGGCAACUGUAACCAGAAUAACGGAGGCUGCUCCCAGAAGUGUCAGAUGGUGAGAGGACUGGUCCAGUGCACCUGUCACACUGGAUACCGACUGAUGGACGACGGCAAAACCUGCCAGGAUGUGGAUGAGUGUGCUGAAGAAGGCUACUGCAGUCAGGGCUGUACCAACACAGAGGGGGGCUUCCAGUGCUGGUGCGUUCAGGGCUACGAGCUCCGACCUGACAAGCGCAGCUGCAAAGCUUUGGGUCCCGAGCCAGUGCUGCUGUUUGCAAACCGCAUCGAUAUCCGUCAGGUUCUGCCACAUCGCUCCGAGUACACCUUGCUGCUCAACAACCUGGAAAACGCCAUCGCUCUGGACUUCCAUCACAGUCGUGAACUAGUCUUCUGGUCAGAUGUGACUCUGGACCGCAUCAUGAAAGCUAACCUCAAUGGCUCCAAUGUGGAGGAGGUCGUCUCCACCGGUCUGGAGAGCCCAGGUGGACUGGCCAUAGACUGGAUCCAUGACAAGUUAUACUGGACAGACUCUGGGACGUCCCGUAUUGAGGUUGCAAACCUGGAUGGGACACACCGCAAAGUACUGAUCUGGCAGAACAUGGAGAAGCCCAGAGCCAUUGCACUGCACCCCAUAGAGGGUAAGAUCUACUGGACCGACUGGGGUAACACACCUCGCAUCGAGUACUCCAACAUGGAUGGCUCAAACCGUCGUGUCAUAGCAGACACACACCUGUUCUGGCCCAACGGCCUCACCAUAGACUACGCUGGCCGCCGCAUGUACUGGGUGGAUGCCAAGCACCAUGUCAUUGAGAGAGCUGACCUGGACGGACGCAACCGCAAGGCCGUCAUCAGCCAAGGCCUUCCCCACCCAUUUGCCAUCACUGUGUUUGAGGACAGCCUCUACUGGACUGACUGGCACACCAAAAGCAUCAACAGCGCUAACAAAUUCACAGGAAAGAACCAAGAGAUAAUCCGCAACAAGCUGCACUUUCCCAUGGACAUCCACACACUGCACCCACAAAGGCAGCCUGCAGGUGGCAGGAACCGCUGUGGCACCAACAAUGGAGGCUGCAGCCACCUGUGUCUCCCCAGCAACAAGACGUACACCUGUGCUUGUCCCACCGGCUUCAAGAAGGUGGACAGUUACAGCUGUGCUACUGGUCUUGACAAGUUCCUGCUUUUUGCCCGAAGGACGGACAUCCGACGAAUCAGCUUCGACACCGAGGACAUGUCCGAUGAUGUCAUUCCUCUGGCUGACGUGCGCAAUGCCGUGGCGCUGGACUGGGACUCCAAAGACGGCUACAUCUACUGGACAGACGUCACCACCGACUCCAUCAACAGAGCACUGUGGAAUGGCACCAAGCAGGAGAUGGUGGUGGAAACCAGUCUGGAAAGCCCAGCAGGUUUAGCAAUUGACUGGGUGACCAACAAGCUCUACUGGACUGAUGCUGGUACUGAUCGUAUCGAGGUUUCUAAUGCCAAUGGGAGCAUGCGGACUGUCCUGAUAUGGGAGAACCUGGAUCGACCACGGGACAUUGUAGUUGAUCCGAUCGGAGGCUUCAUGUACUGGACUGACUGGGGGGCCAACCCAAAGAUCGAGCGUGCGGGAAUGGACGCCUCCAACCGAAUUGUCAUCAUUUCAUCCAAUCUGACGUGGCCCAAUGGGCUUGCCAUUGACUAUGAGACCAAACGCCUGUACUGGGCCGAUGCUGGCAUGAAAACUAUUGAAUAUGGCAACUUUGAUGGUUCUGACAGACAGGUUUUGAUUGGGACUCAGCUGCCUCACCCCUUUGGCUUAACUGUACAUGAGGACAAGCUGUACUGGACAGACUGGCAAUCCAAGAGCAUUCAAAGCGCUGACAAGCUCACUGGGUUGGGGCGCCACACACUGGCUGAAAACCUAGAGAAUCUAAUGGACAUCCAUAUGUUCCAUCGACACCGUGAGACAGCUGACUUAGAAAGUAGGACAGGAAGUGACCCGAGUCUUGCCUCUCCACCUGUAGUGCAUAACCCGUGUGCGGUGAAUAAUGGAGGCUGCAGCCACCUCUGUCUCCUGGCACCUGCUCCCAAAGCCUCCAGCUGUGCUUGCCCCACUGGCAUCAACCUGCAGACGGAUGGAAAGACCUGCACACCUGGCAUGAGCAGCUUCCUGAUAUUUGCACGUAGGACCGACAUCAGGAUGGUUUCUCUGGACAUCCCCUACUAUGCCGAUGUGGUUUUGGCCAUCAAUAGCACCAUGAAAAAUACUAUUGCCAUUGGUGUUGACCCCAAAGAAGGAAAAGUCUACUGGUCUGACAGUACGCUGAAGAAAAUCAGCAGAGCCAGCAUCAAUGGGAUAGCACACGAAGACAUCAUAUCUACAGGGCUGAUGACGACUGAUGGUUUAGCAGUGGAUGCUGUUGGCAGGAAGAUCUACUGGACAGACACAGGAACCAACCGCAUUGAGGUAGCCAACCUGGACGGCUCCAUGAGGAAGGUUCUGGUCUGGCAAAAUCUUGACAGCCCUCGAGCAAUCGCCCUCUACCACGAGAUGGGAUAUAUGUACUGGACAGACUGGGGAGAGCAUGCUAAGCUGGAGCGCUCAGCGAUGGAUGGGUCAGACCGUGUGGUGCUCAUCAGUAACAACUUGGGCUGGCCUAAUGGCCUGGCCAUUGAUAUGGCUGGCUCUCAAUUACUGUGGGCUGAUGCACACACUGAGCGUAUCGAGGCGUCUGACCUCAAUGGGCAGAACCGCCGCACCCUUGUGACUCCAGUCCAACACCCGUACGGUUUAACCCUGCUGGGGUCCCACAUCUACUGGACUGACUGGCAGAGCCGAAGCAUCCAGCGAGCCGACAAGAACUCUGGGUCCAACACCAUCACAGUGCGAGCCAACCUCCCAGGCCUGAUGGACAUCCAGGCUGUAGACAGGGAGAAGCCACUCGGCUUUAAUAAGUGUGGCAGAAGGAAUGGAGGUUGCACUCACCUGUGCCUUCCUCGUCCCAACGGUACUUCCUGCGCCUGUCCCACUGGGAUUCUGCUCAAGGGAGAUGGUAGGUCAUGUGACGAUUCCCCGGAGACAUACCUGCUCUUUUCCAACCGCGUGAGCGUGCGCAGAAUCUCUCUGGACACCAAUGACCACACAGACGUACAUGUCCCGGUGCUCGAGCUGCACAACGUCAUCUCGUUAGACUAUGACAGCGUUGAUGGGAAACUUUACUACACCGAUGUCACCCUGGAUGUUAUAAGGCGCGCUAACCUGGACGGCAGUGGCAUGGAGACGGUGAUCAGCCAGGGCCUGAAGACUACUGAUGGGCUUGCUGUUGACUGGGUUGCCAGAAACAUGUACUGGACUGACACCGGGCGCAACACCAUUGAGGUGGCCCGCCUGGAUGGAACUAGCCGCAAAGUCCUAGUCAACAACAGCUUGGAUGAACCCCGAGCUAUUGCAGUGUUUCCAAGCAAAGGGUUUCUGUUCUGGACUGACUGGGGCCACAUUGCGAAGAUUGAGCGAUCUCACCUGGACGGCUCAGACCGGAAGGUUCUGAUCAAUACAGACCUGGGUUGGCCCAACGGCCUAACACUAGACUACGACACACGAAGGAUCUUCUGGGUAGAUGCCCACUUGGACAGAAUCGAGAGUUCUGACCUGAAUGGGAAGCUGCGUCAGGUCCUCGUCAGCCCGGUGUCCCACCCGUUCGCCCUCACACAGUCGAAGCCGGUGUCCUCCCCUCUAACUCCUUUCUCCCGACUCUCGCAGCAAGACCGCUGGAUCUACUGGACGGACUGGCAGACUAAGUCCAUCCAGCGAGUGGACAAACACACCGGCCGUAACAAGGAAACCGUGCUGGCCAACGUGGAGGGCCUCAUGGACAUUAUAGUGGUAUCUCCUAACAGACAGACAGGUACUAACCUCUGUGGAAUCAAUAACGGCGGUUGCACUCACCUUUGCUUCGCCAAGACCAACAGUUUUGUGUGCGCCUGCCCCGAUGAACCAGACGGGCGACCGUGCUCCACAAUUUCAGGUUAUAUCCCCACCUCUCCUGCCAGAGGGCCCAGCAGCACUCCUGUCCCAAACAAGAUCCCUAAAGCUCCCACAGACAUCCCACAGAGAGGACCCUCACUGGUCAACUGCACUGACAAGAACCUAAACAUAGAGGGGUGUAUGAACACUGUGGUGACAGCUCCUCACGGAGAGGGACUUCAUGUCAGCUAUGUUAUCGGUGGGGUUCUGACCAUUCUGGCGAUUCUGAUCCUCAUUGCCGCUUUGAUCAUUUACAGACACAAAAAGUCAAAGUUUGCUGACCCAGGAGUGAGCAAUCUGACUUACAGUAACCCCUCGUACCGGACGUCCACACAAGAGGUCAAGAUCGAGGCAUCGCAGAAGCCUCCAAUAUACAACCAGCUUCGAUAUAAGAAAGAGGGGGGAGUGGACGGAGGCUACACCAAGGAGAAGAUCCGCAUCGUGGAGGGCGUGUGCCUCCUGUCCAAUGACGAGCUUUACUGGGACGACCUGAAACAGAUCAAGCCGUCUCGAGGCGGCCUGCACACCUGCAUGCGCACAGACACCGUGUCCCUGCAGGCCAGCAGCGCUUCGCUAGAUGACGGCGAGACGGAGCAGCUCCUCCAGGAGGAGGUGUCUGAAUGCUCGUCCAUAACCACCCUGACCCCUUCUGCCAUCACCCCGCAGCGUCACGCCCAGCACAGCCUGCCCGACACCGGCUGGGUCUCCGUACGCAAGCCCUCCACCGAGAGCGAAGUGUGAAGGAGGCCCCCCGCCCUCUGUGCUUUAUCUCGACCAUCAUUACCUAAUAUACACAUGCAGUCACCUGUAUUUAGAGCUGGUACAAACACACACAAAGAUGAAUAGGUACAGAACACAGUAACAGCUGCAUAUGUAAACUAAUGGUACAUAUCAACCUGGUUAGACACAACUAAGCUACAAAACACACAUGUCCUGUCUUUAAAAUUGGGGCUCCGUCCUACUUGUCCACAUGUGCAGUGCAGUAUCCUCAGUGCUGCUGCCUCGAGGCAAAAAUGGAGCAUGCUGGAAUAAGAAAAACAAAGGACUCUGCGGAGUAAGUGAACAGAGAGACACAAGCGUUAACGUGGAACCUUUUUUUUUUUUUUUAAAGGAUAGAGACUCUCAGUGCAACAAACGCUUCUCUGUAUACGACUUCACCUUUCUUUGUCUUUGUUUUUCAUCCUGGACGAAGCUAAAGCAACAUACCCCCCGGACGAUGUAACCACAGAGUUCUCUCUAUUGCCACUCAUGUCUCUAUGAACUAUAUUUAUGAACAUGUUUGUGUUUUUUUUUUUUUGUUUUUUGUUUUUUUUACUUGUAGAGUGGGUUUGCUGAGUUUCAGAGAAUGAUGAGUGCGCUAAGCUAGAAGUUUUAUUUUUGUGCAGCAGCACCUGUUUUUUUUUUUUUUUUUUUUAAUUAAUUUUAUUUUUCAAGAGUUGUAUUUAUGACAGUGCCAAAGGGUGGGGCUUCAGAGUCUCCAUGCUUCUUUCUCCAUUUCACACUUCAACAGAGAUUUAUUCUCAUUCUGGGAUGUUUGUUUCCUCUGACUUGCCCCCCCCUCCACCUCACCGGUGUGGGAGACCUCAGUGUUGGCAUCUGCUUCUUUACAGCCUCCAAGGGAUUAAACGAGAAAUGACUGUAGGAGGUUCUCUCAGUUGGCUGCAGGAGGCCAUCCAUUUUCUGUUUAAAGUUGUACUUCAGUCAUCGCUGAUCCUCGGGCAGAGCGGAAGUCGCCUCGAUGAAGUAACAGCCUAAGUGCCAAAUGUUGAAUUCUUUUUCCCACUUCAGCUGUAUAUUUAUUUUUCCUCAGAUGCACAAGCACAUGGCAUUUUCUCACUUAUAUACUCCACAGAUAAAGCUGUGGAGCCAUGCAGAUAGUUGUAUGGUUGUAUGAAUCCAGGUAUUAAACAUAUGUCUGUUUUCUUCUGUCCAAAAACACUGGGAGUUUCUCUGAAACCACUUUAUUUCGUCGGUCUUUCCAAAAGAAAAGGGUUUACUUUCUAUGUAGGUGAUUAGUUUUUUGUGUUUUUAUUUUGUUUUUUCCCCCCAGUUGCUGAUGUGCUUGCACAACACAUUUUUGUAACCAGUGUGUGUAAUAUCCACUCACCUUCUCCACUAAUAUGAGAUUCAUUCUUAGUCUCCUUGAUAACUGAUAACAGAAGUAUUAGAUGAACAAGUCAUGAGUAACAAACUUUUUAGAUUUUUAGAUCACCACAAAUAACGGUGUGAAGCAAGUCUUGCCUCUCAGCAGCCAUCUUUGAACAUUUAUUUUGAAGCCUCUAUGUAAAUGUAUCUGGAGAAACCCUCGUCCUUAACUUCUAUGUUCAUAUGGCCAUAAAAAGCCACGUGAACAGAUUUUUGAUUAAGAUCUGACUGGAAAAACGUUGGUUAACUUUGUUCUGUUGUCUGCUUCUGACUACUGACACGAUCAGCGUGUCUGCUGCUGCUGCUGCUCGUUCAGAUUAUGGAUACAGUAAGCCCAAUAAAAGAUUUUAAACAAGGUAUCUUACCUACACCUUAUACGCCUGUGGGGGCGUGCACCUUUACCAUGUUCAUGGGUCAGUGCUUAUAAGAUGAUUGGCUAAAAUUGGCUCUUUGGGAGCAGACGCAGCACUGCUGCCAUCUUUGGCAUUUCAAAAUUAGCCCAUAGAUUUGUGGCCAGUCUUAUGUAACGUCUCUAGUUUGAAUUCAGUUUUCUUACUUCAUCAAAGUUCCACUUUUCACUUUCUAUUAGCAAAGAUAUAUUUAAAAACAAAAACUUAAAAAUCUUGGCACAUACAACCAGAAGUAUCUGCUUGGCCAGAAACACUUGGAAGUAAAUGGGAAAACUUGUGCUUUUGGUCGUUUGAGUUCAACUCCAUUCAUAUCUGAUCCUGUCAGGUGCACUCACAGUGUCUGCCACAGCACAGUGCAACAAAAGGGGUAACUCUGUGCACACUGGGUGUUGAAAAAUUUAUCAGACAGCUUACUGAGAAGUGAAUUUAAUGGGUAUCUCGCUUUGCUUUAUCUUUAGAGCCCCAUUCUGCCUGUCGAUUGUGGCGCAAAUGGAAAUACUAUAUUGCUAUAUGGACAAAUAUAUCUUUGACACAUUAUAGAAUCGUGUAUUUUGAAGUAUCUGCUACAAGCUCAGCAACAUGCUGAUCUGCUGCUAGACGAAGCACUGAGGCCAAUGAGAGAGGGGCUUGGCAGCUACAUGACUACAGUCUCUGAUGGUUGGUCGAGGGCAGGCCUACAGAGCAUCAUAGCGACCCAGGAUCCAGUAAUCCACACUCACAGUCCCUCCAACUCUGCUGCAGGAAUGCUAAAACUGUACAGAUUUUAUCACGCGGAUAUAAGCAAACAUUUUUGUUGAUACUGGGUUGAGUUGUAUAGUCUUUUGUACAAAGGGAUUUCAUGACCGUUUUUAGACUUGUAUUAAUUUUACUCACUGGAAAAGAACAAUGUUUUUGGUUUUUUGUUUUGUUUUGUUUUGUUUUGUUUUUGCUGGAUUAUUUUAACCACUGUGUUCCCAAGCCUUGUAAAUGAUAGGGAAGAUGCCAGUUAUUUAAUAGUGCUCUUUUAUCUUAUGAAAUACUGGUCACGUAUAGCUGUUGUAAAGUUAACAAAAAGAGAUAUUUAUGAUUUUCGUUUUCGUUGUCACUUGAUGUGUAAAUAUGAAAAGACUGUAUAUGUAUGGCAGUACUAACAAGCUGUGUUGUGUGAUAUAGUGAAUUAUCCCUUUGCUAUCUUUUAAUAUAAAAUUGCAUUUGCAUUUCAAUGAAA